CCGCCCUCCGUGCGCAUGCGCCCACAUAGCCUAGUAAUGGCUGCGCCCGAGGGGUCACUGAGAAAACGGAAGGUUGGAGAUGUGGAUCAGAGCCCGGCGUCGCCACCCACUCCUGCUCGCGAUCCCGCGGGAUCUCCAGUCCGGCUGCGCACGGGCACUUUCUGGUUGACCAGAGUCGUGCUCCUGCAGGCCCUCGCUUUCAUUUACUUUGUGGCCUUCUUGGUGGCAUUCAAUCAGAACAAGGCCCUCAUUGGAGAUCGGGGCCUGCUGCCCUGCAGACUGUACCUGAAGAAUGUCCAGCAGUACUUCCAUGGCAGGAUUGGCUGGGAUGCCUGGAGCUAUACUCCAACAAUCUUGUGGCUGAUGGACUGGUCAAACAUGAACUUCAACCUGGACCUUCUUGCUCUUGUUGGGCUGGGCCUCUCAUUCUUUGUCCUGGUGACUGGCUGUGCCAACAUGAUACUCAUGGCUACCCUCUGGGCCCUCUACAUGUCCCUGGUCAACGUAGGGCAGAUCUGGUAUUCUUUUGGAUGGGAGUCACAGCUGCUGGAAACAGGAUUCCUGGGAAUCUUUCUGUGCCCUCUCUGGACGUUGUCCCGCCUCCCUAGGCACACCCCCACAUCCCGAGUUGUCCUGUGGGGCUUUCGUUGGCUGAUCUUCAGGAUCAUGCUUGGAGCGGGCCUAAUCAAGAUCCGUGGGGACAAGUGCUGGCUGGACCUAACCUGCAUGGACUUCCACUAUGAGACUCAGCCAGUGCCCAACCCGAUGGCUUACUACCUGCACAGGUCACCCUGGUGGUUCCAUCGCUUUGAGACCCUCAGCAACCACUUCAUAGAGCUGCUCGUGCCUUUCUUCCUGUUCCUCGGGCGCCGGAUGUGCAUUCUUCACGGGGGACUGCAGAUCCUUUUCCAGGUAAUCCUCAUCAUCAGUGGGAACCUGAGCUUCCUGAACUGGCUCACCAUCGUGCCCAGCCUUGCUUGUUUCGAUGAUGCAGCUUUGGGAUUCCUGUUUCUCUCAGGACCUCGAGGCCUAAAGUACCAAGUCCUGAAGAUACAAAAGGAAGAUACACAGGGGGUCCAGCCCAAGCCAAGAUACGGCUGCACGGUGCGGCGAGUGGUCAACUUCUCUCUGGGCAUCCUGGUGGCCUGGCUCAGCGUACCCGUGAUUAUCAACCUACUAAGCUCCAGGCAGGUCAUGAACACCUCCUUCAACCCACUCAGGAUUGUCAACACCUACGGGGCCUUUGGAAGUAUCACCAAGGAUCGGACUGAGGUGAUCCUGCAGGGUACAACCAGCCCUAAUGCCAGUGCACCUGACGCUGUGUGGGAGGACUAUGAGUUCAAGUGCAAACCUGGUGAUCCCUGGAGGCGGCCGUGCCUUAUCUCUCCAUACCACUACCGCCUGGACUGGCUAAUGUGGUUCGCAGCUUUCCAGACCUAUGAGCACAACGACUGGAUCAUCCACCUGGCGGGUAAGCUCCUAGCUGGUGACUCGGAGACCCUGUCCCUGCUCGCCCUCAACCCCUUUGAGGGCAGGGCUCCCCCCAGUGUAGGAAUACAUGGAGAGCGUGCAUAGAAGCCCUGUCUUCAGUUUGUGGCCGUAUCCAAGUCCCACAUGGAGAAGUGCAGAGGGCCCAGCAGAGCUGUGUCGGUGGGGGCCUUGGAAUGCAUGAGACUUCCCUUCACUGCAUGGACAGAACUGCCCAGGUUCUCCAGCUACAAGGACAGCAGAGACUCUGAAUACUCCCCCAUCCCCCUUCUUGCCAAGCAUGGUAUCUGAAGCCCAUGUUGCCCGCCCCUGGGCCACACUGCAGAGGAUCCCAGAAGGGACAACAAAAAGGUUCAGCUGAGGAGGCUGGUCGAGGGGGGCACAAGUAUGAUCUGUACAGAGCACCCCCUCAGCCUGCCUGGGGAGGGGGGUGGCCAACCCAGGUGCAAACAGAGAGCCCGUGUUCCAGCUCCCAAGGAAACAGGGCACCCUGUGUGUGUCAGGGACAGACAAGCCUCAGAGCAAUGAGACUGGAGCCAGUAAGUCUGCCAUGACCACCACAGGAGUGACUGGCAGCCUGCAGCCUGAGCAGCCCUUCCUGGAGGCGUUCUGUCCAUGCCCCAGGCAGUAGACAUGGGGGGGGGGACUUUUAGCAGGGACACCAGCUGCUUGGGUAGUCUGGUGAUCUGGGAAGUGGCACCUAGGUGCCUACAUUGGACCUCACCGCGAGGUUCAUGCCCUUACCCAGUUACCAGUACCAAGGUCCCAGGGCUCAGCAGGAAAAGCCUCACAUACACACUCCUGGGCAUUGGUCCAGCUAUGUGCCCCCUCCUUUGCAAGAAUCCUGGGGGUGUGGGGGCUGUGGGUCCAACAGAGCUUUUUUAAAAAAAGUAUUGAGGCCUGUGCAGAGGACGAGCUGUGAGAGGAAGCCAGGCCCUGGGGCAACCAGAAUCCACCAGGGUGCCUCGUGUAGGAGAGACAGGAUCUGACAGUCAGACUGCAAUCUGGCCAGGUGGGAGCUGGGCCCUGCUGGCUGCAGAAUGUCAUCUUCACCCAGAUGGCAGCCUGAGUCCUGUGCUGCCUCCUGUGUCUGGAUUUGUUCAUACAGUAGUCACACUGUAUGACUUAGGGAGGUUCACCAACGUCUCUUGUUUGAUCUUUUGAGACACAGGGUCUCUCUAUGCUAACCUUGAACUCAGUGCUAGGAUUGAAGGUGUGCACCACCACCCCCAGCUGCAUCUUAAUCCUUACAGACCAAGGUCAGAUACCCCACAUGGUAUCUGCUGUUGUGGUAAAAUGAGGGCACCAGUAGUGCCAUUUGAAAUGGGGGACAUGAGAAGUGGUCACCUGAUGACACUGGCACUGUGUGUGGGAUUAGGGCCUUGGGCCAGCAGGGACCCAGUAGGAGUCACAGUAGGCAAGCUGGUGUGGCCAUCAGUAGGCAGUUUCUUCUCUUGUCAAGCACAGGGCAAGACUUACCACUUUACCACAGAACCUGGUCAUCAUGGUAGUUGGUGGCCUUGAGGACUCACCAAAGAGACUUGGCAGCGCUGACUGUAGGUGGCCCAGCCCUACUCAAGGAGACUCACCUCAGGGUAGAUGGGUCCCGACUGGUGAGUCUGUCAUUAGAUGUCUACUCGCUAAAGAUAACACAGGACCUGAAGCCCUGGUCAUGAUGGCACUCACAGGUUUCUACAUCAUACAUAUACCUCCAAAGAUCCCCUUCUGGAAGCUGGGGGUGCCCCUAGCUCCAUGAGCAAAUUAUCCUUAUACCCCACUGGGUCACUCCAGCCAGGAGUGACCUAAGGCUAUGCCUCGGGAGCCCCACUUCCACCCAUGCCUUGGCUGCAUCAGGGCCACAGGACCUUUGCACUGGAUAUACUAUGCUCCCUGAUCAUACUCCAGGUGGAGAGGGGUCUCAUCCUCGUCUCUUAGUGCAGCAGGCAUGCCAUAUGGGUCUACUAGGUCAACUGUGACAUGCUAAAUGACUUGGCCUCCUGCCCCUAGCCAUACUCUCCAUGGAAGAACCUGAGGGAGAAACUUCGAUGUGGAGCACUGGGACAGACAGAAAGCUUUGGCCAGGGGGAGGAAGAAUGGGGCCGCUGAACAGUACAGUCUCACUAGUGCGUGGUUCCUCACUUCUCUACCCAGAUCCUCACUCCAGGGGAGUGGACAGAGCAGCUGGGACUUGAGUCCAGCUUCAUUCAGUAGGAUGCCCAGAAGCUAAGUUAGAAUCAGAGUAUCCCCGGCUGCUGGCAACCUGUCGGUGUGUUAGAGUCACCCUACACAGCUUCCAGACACCAGGUAUCGGCUAGGAGCUGGGCAGAGGCUCUGAAAUGGCAGAGGACAGUUAUAGAGGACUCUACCUUCACCUGCUUGCAAACUCAGGACUCCAAGUCACCAGGCGCUGUCUCCCUGAGGUGCCAUGUGGGCCUAUUGAUAUAGGCCCUACCUGCCAGCAGCUCAGUGGAACCCACUCCUUCCCUCUCCGUCAUCCAGAUGAGGUGAUGUGCCCUCAUUAUUUACUGGAGGUAGAUCCCCAGUCUCCUGGGUUAGUAAAUGUAAGCAAGGAAGCAUCCCCAUUUACAGUACCAUAGGAUUCCAAGAUGUCUGAAGGAAACCAGCCAAGCAGGUACUUGGC